AUUCCUUUACAGAUAAAACAAGUAUGUCACUAUUAGAAAACAAACAUUGGUAUAAAUGUUCGUAUGUAGGAGGCCGGGGAUUUCGUUUUUUUUUCGAUCUAAUCAAAACAAGUUUAAAAUUGUGAAAAGUUCAUGUCUCCAAACGCCAUCUGCACGACCGAGGGCAUACAAAAUUUGAUUAUAAUUUAACCUUAAACAAUGUCUCUUCUGGCGAGGUCCAUAAAUUUAAUUAAGUUUCAUGCUUUUAUAAAGGCAGCUACAAAGUCUCUUUCAACAAAAUGCGUCACGCGAGAGAUCAUUCGACAACCAAAACCUUGCAUACCACUGCUAGGAAUUCAAUCAGGACUGAAUAGCAAUUGGAUUUACCAUGAACCUGCACCACUUCAAAAUCCAUUAAUAGAAAAUUCAAUUCGGUUUCCAAAUGGCUUAUUGUGGGUGCCACCUGACGAAGACCCAGAUGACUUCAAUGGAAGGGACAGUAUCAAAAUUGAUGCACCUACUACAAUUGAAAACACCAUUGAGAAACAAGCUGCAAGAUUAAUUGUGAUUAGAAGAAAGAAGAUGAAGAAACACAAAUUAAAAAAGCUUAGGAAAAGGAUGAAGUAUGAAUGGGCAAAAGUUAGACAACGUAGAGAAUUGAAAAAAGAAAAGGCUUUCCAAGCUGGUUUGAUUGCUCAGUGUCAUGAGGCAGAAGCUUUUGAUGCAGGGAAAUAUGUUCAAGACCGUUUGGACAAGCUGCACGAAAUUAUAAUCCCGAAAAGAUGGAAAGGAAGACGGCUGCCGGAGUUUUUGAUCAGAGAGAAAAUGGGAUUGCCACCAAAAAAAUGAUGUGUUAUAAAAAAAUUAUAGUUGAGGAGAAUCAUAAAUUGUUUGUGUUCAUUUUGUGAAAAAAUGAUUUGUAUUAGUAAAUAGAUGUUUGAACAAUAAACAAUCGUUUAUUGCUUGA